AUGUCGGAUUACGAGGAUGAAAUGGACGUGGAUGCGCCCAAGGACGUGCAGUUCAGCUCCGAUAAUGCCAGUGGAAAAAAAAGAACUGUCGCCGACCUGCCAAUUGCGGCUCAAGAUAACCUACCAUGGGUUGAGAAAUACCGACCGCACAGCUUGGAUGAUGUGUCCGGCCAUCAAGACAUCCUCGCAACUAUCAAUAAAUUCGUGGACACAAAUAAACUUCCCCAUCUUCUCCUCUACGGACCGCCGGGAACCGGUAAAACCUCUACUAUCCUAGCCCUCGCACGACGAAUCUAUGGUGUUAAAAACAUGCGACAAAUGGUGUUGGAGCUGAACGCAAGUGACGACCGUGGUAUUGAUGUUGUUCGAGAACAGAUCAAGACCUUUGCAAGCACAAAACAGAUCUUCAACAUGGCUCCUCAGGCCGGCAGUGGUUCAUCGCUAGCAAACUUCAAGCUCAUCAUUCUUGAUGAAGCUGAUGCCAUGACUUCACCUGCUCAGAUGGCUCUCCGUCGCAUCAUGGAGCGCUACACAGCCAAUACCCGGUUCUGCGUCAUUGCUAACUACACACAUAAGCUGUCUCCAGCACUUCUUUCCCGGUGUACUCGGUUCCGCUUCAGCCCAUUGAAGGAAGCCGACAUUCGCACCAUUGUUGACCAAGUGAUUGAGAAGGAAGGUGUACGGAUACAGCCCGACGCAAUCGAGAGUCUAGUGACCCUGAGUAAGGGUGAUAUGCGCCGAGCUUUGAACGUGCUUCAAGCCUGCUUUGCUAGUAGUAUUCCACUUCCUAUGAGAGAUGCCCCGAAUGCACCUCUUCCUGAAGCCGAGACGAUCACUAACGCGACAAUUUACGACUGCAUUGCCGCUCCUCACCCUGCUGAUAUCCAAGAAAUCAUGACCACCAUCCUAUCUACCAGCGAUGUUACUUCUUGUCUCAACACUGUGCAAACCCUGAAGUCCAACAAGGGUCUAGCUCUGGCCGAUAUUCUCUCCGCUCUAGCACACCAGCUUCAGCAAUUGGAAGUCCCAGCACAGACACGCAUCACAUGGCUCGAAGGUCUAGCCGAAAUUGAAUGGCGCCUUGCCGGCGGUGGCUCGGAACCUAUCCAAACUGGAGGGCUUGUCGGGGUAGUGCGAAAUGGAUGUGAGUUGAUGGGCGAUAAGGGCGUUGUAUUGGCAUAA